UCCCCUCCCCGAGAUCUCGGCCCUGUCAGGCCCGGCCCGAGCAGCCGCAGCCCGAGCAGCCGCUGCAGCGGCAGCAGCCUGAGCCCGGGGCCGAGGGGCCCGAGAAGGCGGCCAUGGCGUCCAACAUGGACCGGGAGAUGAUCCUGGCCGACUUUCAGGCAUGUACUGGCAUUGAAAACAUUGAUGAAGCCAUUACGUUGCUUGAACAGAAUAACUGGGACUUGGUGGCAGCUAUCAAUGGUGUAAUCCCACAAGAAAAUGGCAUUCUCCAAAGUGAAUAUGGAGGGGAGACUGGACAAGGACCAGCAUAUGGACCAGCCAGUCAUUCUUCAGCCUCUGCUUCAGCACCUUCUUCUUCAGCAUUUCGACCAGUAGUGCCAUCCAGACAGAUCGUGGAGAGGCAGCCAAGGAUGCUGGACUUCAGGGUGGAGUACAGAGACCGCAAUGUAGAUGUGGUCCUGGAAGAUAGCUGCACCGUUGGAGAGAUCAAACAGAUUCUAGAAAAUGAACUCCAGAUUCCUGUAUCUAAAAUGCUGUUAAAAGGCUGGAAGACUGGAGAUGUAGAAGACAGUACGGUCUUAAAAACUCUACACUUGCCAAAAAACAACUGUCUUUAUGUGCUCACACCCGACUUGCCACCACCUUCCUCGAGUCAUGCUGGUGCCCUGCAGGAGUCAUUAAAUCAGAACUUCAUGCUGAUUGUCACCCAUCGAGAAGUCCAGCGGGAGUACAGCUUGAACUUCUCGGGAAGCAGUACCAUCCAGGAGGUAAAAAGGAAUGUAUAUGACCUUACUAGUAUCCCUGUUCGCCAUCAGUUGUGGGAAGGCUGGCCACCUUCAGCGACAGAUGACUCAAUGUGCCUCGUGGCAGCGGGGCUCACCUACCCUUGUCACCGGCUCACAGUGGGGAGAAGGUCUUCACCAGCACAGGCGCGGGAGGAGUCAGAAGAGCAGUGCACCGAUGUUCACAUGGUUAGCGACAGUGACGGCGAUGACUUUGAAGACGCUCCUGAAUUUGGAGUGGAUGACGGAGAGAUGUUCGGCAUUGCGUCCUCUGCCCUUCGAAAAUCACCCAUGAUGCCAGAAAAUGCGGAAAACGAAGGGGAUGCCUUAUUACAAUUUACAGCAGAGUUUUCUUCAAGAUAUGGAGACUGCCAUCCUGUUUAUUUUAUUGGAUCACUAGAAGCUGCUUUCCAAGAAGCCUUCUAUGGGAAAGCUCGAGAUAGAAAGCUCCUGGCUAUCUACCUCCACCAUGAUGAAAGUGUUUUAACCAACGUCUUCUGCUCACAAAUGCUCUGUGCUGAAUCCAUCGUCUCUUAUCUGAGUCAGAAUUUCAUAACCUGGGCAUGGGAUAUGACAAAAGAAGCUAACAGAGCAAGGUUUCUGACAAUGUGCACAAGACACUUUGGCAGCGUGGUGGCUCAGACCAUUCGAACUCAAAAGACAGAUCAGUUUCCACUUUUCCUCAUCAUCAUGGGAAAGCGCUCAUCGAAUGAAGUGUUAAAUGUAAUACAAGGUAACACAACAGUGGACGAGCUCAUGAUGAGGCUGAUGGCGGCAGUGGAGAUCUUCAUGGCCCAACAACAGGAGGACAUAAAGGAUGAGGAUGAGCGUGAAGCACGAGAAAACAUGAAGAGAGAGCAGGACGAGGCUUAUCGUCUUUCACUAGAAGCUGACAGAGCCAAGAGGGAAGCCCAUGAGAGAGAAGUCGCUGAACAGUCCCGUUUGGAGCAGAUGCGGAAAGAACAGGAAGAGGAGCGGGAGGCCAUCCGGCUGUCCUUGGAGCAGUCUCUGCCUCCAGAGCCCAAAGAAGAGAGCACGGAGCCUGUGAGCAAACUCCGGAUCCGAACGCCCAGUGGGGAGUUUCUGGAGCGGCGCUUCCUGGCCAGCAGCCAGCUACGAGUUGUCUUUGACUUCGUGGCCUCCAAAGGCUUUCCCUGGGAUGAGUUCAAGUUGCUGAGCACGUUUCCCCGGAGAGACGUCACCCAGCUGGAUCCCAACAAGUCAUUACUGGAGGUAAAGCUAUUUCCUCAAGAAACCCUUUUCCUGGAAGCAAAAGAGUAACGGGAAGCUGCCUGUCAGACUGGCCAUUCCGUGCCAGGAUUGUGGCCCCGAGUCAAGAGAAAUGCUUCUCUUCUCCAAACCGCCCUGCCCUUUCACCCAACUCCACUCAGUGUCUCACAUCUCUGCCUCUUGCAAGAAUCUUGGAAAGAAUAAUAAACGUAGCUACAUAAAGUUUCCCAUCCAUGAGUAUAUGUUUUCAGCCCUGGCUGCACAAGCACAGGAGAAUGUCCUACCACGAACACUGUCCCCGCCCAGCCCCUGCAGCAUUUGUCCUAGAAUUAAUGCACCAUUCCUGUGUGAGUGAUUGUUAGUAGAAUUCUGAUGCUUCUGACCCUCCCCUGCCCCCCAGCCAGACCCCGUGAAGUCUCCAGUGAGGCCAUCUUGCCUCUUGCCAUGUAGGAUGCUGUAUCUGACACGCCUCAUCGAGCCAGGCCUCUACCCGAACCCUACCUAACCCAUGCGUCUGACUUCAUCUCCAGGUCUGCAUUCUGACUUUGUCACUUAAGUUAAGGAGGCCAGAGAGAACAGUCCCCACCCACCUCCACCGGAGAUCUCCAUGUGAUGUUCUGUUCUCAGCCUCAGAGAUGAAACAGUGUUGUAGAGGAAGGCACUGGACUUGCCUCAGGCCUUUUUCUGACUUCCUUGAUGAGUUGUAAGGUUUUGUUUGAAGAAUAGAGUUUGAGAUAUAUGCAAGAUAUUUAUUUUCCAGCUCUGCUUUGGAUCCUACUCCUGAUUCAGUGUAGAAAGUAUUUUCCAUGAUGUUGCGGUGUGUGAACCUGCCACAAUUGUGCAUGAUGUGAAUAUUUAAAUACUCUGAGAAGGCAGCCUGUAGCCGUCCCCCGGGGGCGUCUGGGGUCGGCCCUCCUGAGCAUGAGGCACCAGCCUUCGAUGUGCUCACCACGGAUGGACGCGGUUGUCCCAACCUCCCUUCCCCCUCCCCUCAUUUUUCUUUUCUUCCUUCACUUCACCACCCGUCUGAACCUGCUUGCUUCUGGGUUCAGAUGUACUUUGUUUGUGUCACCAGCAAACAGCGUGCACACACAGCCUUAGUGUACACACAGUGUGACAAGGAAGUCUUGACUUCAUUCCACUUGACAUUUGAGUACCAGUCAAACAGUGGAUUCCCACUUGCAAGUAAAAGAAGUUGGUCCUGGCAUUGAAAAUGCGUUGCUUCUGAUACCUGGCAUAAGCAAAACAUCUCCUCUUCUUUACCUGAAUCGGCUCAGCUCAGAAGACACUCAGUGUUUGAACCUGCAGAUAAACAGUUUUGAUGUAUUUUAAUCAGCAGGCUUAAGGGUUUAGUGAAUUGAAUGCACUAUCUAAGCAUCUACUGUGAUUCAAACUUUUUUUUAAUCCUGGAAUACUUUUCCACAUCUGUUUUUAUGUAACUCGUGAUAGUCAAGGUCCUGAUUUGAAUAUUCUCAACUCCAAAGAAAACUAUCCACCUUUAGGCUCCCAUUAGGCUGCCUGUCCCGCCUCGCCCGGAUCUUCAUUUGUAACCCCACACGCAAGUAGUCAUUGAAGUCUGGGUCCUCACCCUCAGCCACCGGGGCAGUUGUCGGCAGAGCCAAGACAUGAGUCUUUCUUCCGGGCCUCCAAAGAGGUUUCUCACCUGGGACCCACCUUUCACAGCCCCUUGCUCUGGCCACGUAGAUAGAGAAACCACACCCCACUCCCAGCCAAAAACCUGGCCAGAAGAAGGGCAGUUCCAAUACAAACAGGGACUUGAAGCAUUUUGCUGCUGACCCUUUUCCUGCCUUCCCAGACCAAGGGUUUUCCACUUCUAGAAGACACACGGUGACUUGCUUACAAUGUAGAAAUACAGCAUUAUUCUCUUCUGUCCUUCAGCUCGAGAGGUCUGUCCAUCAUCAUCUGGUUGGUGGGGCCAGUCUGCCCCUUCUCAUUUGGACUGACACACACUGGGUACUCCCCUCCCUCCGUAGGCUGCAGUGUGGCUCCAGUGUGGAUCUCAGCUUCCCUGGUUCUGUCGGUUCCCUUGUGUUCACAGAAUAUCCUCAAUGCGAUCACUGCUUUUGUAUUAGAGUGUAAAGAGUUGUUGUCCAUGCCUGGGACCUCCUAGCAGGGUUUUUGUUCUGUCUGUUGACUCUUGGAAGGUGGAAUGUUUCUGGAAGCUUCUGGUUUGCAGCAUUGCUGUGCUAAGUCACCGUUAGAUAUGAUGUAAAACCCCAACAUUUCAUCAUCUGUAUUGUAUUUAUCCAACCUUGGAGUUGAAUGAGGGCGUUUUUUUUUUAUGGAACUAUGUUUUUUAAUGUAGCAGAAUGGGACUUUGGCGUUCCUAAAUUGUACCUCUUCGGUGACGUUAGAAACAUAAAAUAAAUUUGCAGUUACACUAAA